AUGUCGGCUGAAUAUAUUAAAGAGCUUAAAACACACCAUCGCUGUAUAUCGACCAUUCCUCCUCAUGAUGGCGAGAUUAGAUAUGACCAUGGUUUUCUUCGAUUUUUUGGUAUCACUCAAGAUCCACAAACAAAUGAUUACAUUAUGGUUACUGAACUAGCUCCAUAUAAGGAUAUUCGUAACUUAUUACGUCAAAAUUUCACCGAUUUAAGUUGGUCUGAUAAAUUAUAUUGGCUUCGUAAUAUCGCUGGUAAUCUUGUAACAAUUCAUAAUGCUGGCUACACACAUCGUGAUCUACAUCCUGGAAACAUUCUGAUGGGCCAAAUUCAAGAUGGUUUAACGGUAGCAAAACUUGCUCACUUAGGUUUAUCACGACCGGCUAAAAAAUUACCUCCAAUGUCUCCUAAAGAAUUUUAUGGUGUAUUACCUUAUGUAGCACCUGAAAUAAUAUUGGGUCAGAAAUAUACUGAGGCUUCAGAUAUUUAUAGUAUCGGAAUUAUAAUGGCUGAAAUUUCUACGUCCAUACCACCAUUUGUCGAUAGAGCUCAUGAUAAUAAAUUAGCAUUGGACAUAUGUAACGGGUUAAGACCAACUUUUGCCGAAGGAACACCAAAAUCUUAUAUUGAAUGUGCUAAACAAUGUACAGAUUUUAAUCCUGUGGAACGUCCUAGUGCUGAUAAAUUAUUAAAUAUGUUUGAUCAUUGGUGGAAAAUUACUCAAGAUCCUGAAAUUUUGGAUGAUACAUUUAGUGCGGCUGAUAAAAUCAUACCGAGUUUAGACACCUCUUUCACUGAGCAUCCUGAUGCAUCUUAUAAAAGUAGAUUACUUAAUUUUGAAGGUGUUUUCGAUUAG